CUUGAGUUGUUACAGUCCGAAAAUAUCAGAAUCAUUGUCUACACCAUUAAUUCUAUUGGGAUGUUGCUGAAUUGAAUGGAUGUGGUUCUUUCAAUCUGCCUUAACUUCUACGCUAGGGCGACUCUGGUUUGGACCCUUUUGAGUGUUUCAUUCAUUUGGAUCAUCUGCUUACUCAGGAUGCCUCAGCAUAAGCCUUGUAGUCAAAAUAUUUUUCGGGUUUUUUUCUAUUUCCACCCUUAAGGUUUGAAUUUUGGUAGAUUUUGCUGAAUACCCUUUUGGAUCAUCAACAUCAGUUCAGUAUUUUUCUGUCAAUUGUGUAUUAGGUGCUCUGUGAUUCCAUAGAUGGCCUUUUAUUUUCCUAUGGUAAAGUUAAACUUUCCUUUUUUUAUUUUUUCCAGGAAAAAAGAAGCUUCUUGUUGACCUAAUCUAAUCUAAUUCCUCAUAGUUUCUAGGUGGUUGGGUUGUUGGUCUUCAUACCCUUUGUUUGAAUUUUGAUGUUAACAGUCCAUUGACUUGGUAUUCCAUCUCUGAUUCUAUGUUCAGAUUUGAAGUUUUCAGUCCACAAAAUCAUCUGUUUUGUUUUUUUCUUAUAGGUGUUGGGUUGAUCAACUCAACUAAGUCUUUGUCUUUUUCCUUUUUAAAGUAUUUUCCUUCCUUUGUUUAAUCUGUUUCGAUUUCUUCACUGGUUGCCGGUCUAAUGUGGUUUCUUUGAGCUUUGUUCCUUCCUUUUUUUAAUUCUGUUGGUGUUUCCUUAUGUUGAUGGUUAACCCAAUGUAACUGUGAUCUUGACCAACAAACUCCAACAGAAUGGGGCUCAUUGGAAGAGAGGGCUUUUUUGAUUCUGUGAAUGAAGGUUCCUCUUCAUCUGCAAAAAAGAAGAAGAAGAACACAUGUUGUCAAACCAGAGUACGAGCUGAUCGGAUGGGUCCUGAGGCAGCUGCUGUUUUCCCUGAAUCAGAAGUGAUAGAAGAUGACUGUGAUCUUGGUAAGCGGCUUGAUGAGGAGAGCUGCAAUGGUGAAAAUGAGAGUUUGUGGUUGUCUUCGGAUUGCUACUCACCAGCAUCCUUUUUUUCUGAGUAUAGAUUGUAUGAUUGGCCUCCCUUAUCUUUUGAUGAAUGGAUGAUUUCAUGGCUACAAGUAUCAAGGCAGCUCUGGUUUUCUUCGGGGAAAGGCAUCGGUUUCUUUGAUGGGUCUAGGAUAAAUCCUAUAGAAGAGGCUUGUUUGGUUCUUGAGAAAAGCUUACCGGACGCAGAAAAAAUUUUGCAGGAAGAUUUGGAAGAAGAAGAGGUAGUCACUUGGCUGCUGAGCUCAACAGAAAAUGAUGUAGCUGAUUCUUCCUCUGUAAUCUAUUCUGAGAGUUCUGUGUCUUCCUUUGAGGAAUCUGCAGGUUCUGAAAGUCCUUCAACCCCUCUCAUCACCCAUCUAAAACCAAGUUUUCGGGGUUUGGAUUCGGACAGAACAGGCUUUUGGGUGUCAUUAGUGGAUCUAGAUGAGGAGGAUUUCAAGUGGAUUUCAGAUUCAGGGUCAGUUUUGGAUUCACUCCAAUCAUCUGAUUUUCCUAGCCCAUCCUACAAGACCAUAUCGAGUUCUGGUGGUUCAGCAGCUGAGGACUUGGAGGAUUUCAACACGGAUGAGCUGCUUUUCUGGCCAUUCGAACAGAAACCCGAUUGGAGUUCUGGAAACUGGGAUUGCUUCUCCAUGUCUCCGCGCAAGAACAGCUACCUGACAAAUGCUGCAUCAGGACCCCACAACAGGAAAACCGACCCAAAUGAAGUGAGCAGAAGACUUGUGUUCACUUCAGGAUCAACAGCUUCAAAGAUCCUGGAAUGGAAGCAAAGAAGCAACAAGAAGGGUGUCUGGAGGACCAGCACCACGCCUUCAAGUUUGAGCAAACCAGCCAAAACUUCCGAGGAAACAGUGCCUUCAGAUUCAGACAACAAUAUUAUAGAGCCAACAGAAGAAAAAGUUCUCAAUCAGAUUUUCCUGGAGGAGUUUGCAUCAAAUGAAGAACUUCCUAUUGAGACAUUGUUAGGCCUUGAUGAGUUUGAUGGCCAUGAGGGGGUCGAUUUGGAAUUCAACAAAGAUGAUUUCUUCCUCGACCAAGCUCCCUGAGCAUUUCCAUGGAGGAGAAUGGUUGUAAGACUUCUCAUUCUAUAGAGCUGUGUAUUUAUAGAGCCGAAAAUUUUCCGGUAGGGCAAGAACCCAAGUUAAAUAGGCACAGACGAACAAUACACAAACCUUUAGUUUACUCAUAUUGCUAUGAAAAUUUGUAUCAAAAGUUAAAUUUUGCUGAUAUGAAGUGUUUUUCAAGUUUUUAGGCUA